AUGCAAGGCCCUCUCCAGGGCCCCCCGGGGGCCCCCCCACAGGCUCCCUUAAGGGGCCCUUGGGGGGCCCCCCCUCAAGGCCCCCUGGGGGCCCCACCUCAGGGGCCCUUGGGGGGUCCCCCACAGGCCCCCAUGGGGGCCCCCACGCAGGGGCCCUUGGGGGCCCCCCUGCAGGGACACUUAAGGGCUCCCGCGCAGGGGCCCUUGGGGGGCCCCCCUCAGGGGCCCUUGGGGGGCCCCCCUGGGGUACCCUCUGGGGGCCCCCCCGAUGGAGAUCUAUUUACCCCUAGGUGGCUUCCGAGUUGGGUUAGGAGACAGCUGCUGCAGCGGCAGCAAAUUAGAGACAAUGCCGGUGUAUGCCCCAUGUGCGGCGCGAGAUGCAGCAAGCUUCAGCAGCAGCAGCAACAGCAGCAACAGCAGCAGCAGCAACAACAACAGCAGCAGCAGCAGCGGAUGCUCCGGCGCUAUACUGCAGCUGUUUGCUGCAAAGAGGGAGUCAAAGAGAUGUCUGCUGUCUCCUCUGCUGCUGCGCAGAGCAGCUCCGGCUAUUCCCAGUCCCCUCAAGGCCCAGCAGCAGCAGCAGCAGCAGCAGCAGGAAGCGGUGAAUGCGAGUUAGAGAGGGCCCGGUUGGGGCAGUCGAAGGACAAUGAAGCUUCAGGGACCCGGCUGUGUCUUUCUUCGGGCCUCACGCCUGGACUUGAGAGGCUGUAUGUACACCGCAAGUCGCCUCGGAGAACUCGGCAGCAGCAGCAGCAAAAGCAGCAGCAGCACACGAGUCCUUCUGCUGCUGUUGCUGCAACUGCUGCUGGUGCUGCUGCUGCUACAGUUCGUUACUCGGAGCCAGCCGGCAAGGUUGAGCGUGCUUUGGGUGUUUGCUGCUGCAGCUGCAGCGGCUGCAGCAGCUCUUCCCCUCAGCAGCGGCAGCAACUGCAGCAGCAACUGCAGCAGCAGCAGCAGCAACAGGAGCAGCGGAUACUAGCAUUAGAUUCCUUUAUAUGGAAGCUAGCGUUUGACCCCCGGGAUCUCCUUUAUAUAAGACAAGUAAAUAAAGAGGGCCUUCGUUUUGCUGAGGAGACACUUAAGCGCAUUAUGCGUUUGCUGCUGCUGCUGCCUGCAGCAGAGACAAGACCAGAGCAGCUCAGGCCCUGGCUCCUUGAUGCUGCAUUAGCUGCAUGGCAGCAAUCCUUCAACAGCAAACUGCUGCUGCGAGCGCAGCAGCAGCAGCAGCAGCAGCAACAGCUGCAGCAGCAGCAGCAGCAGCAGCGAAGGAAGUGGCAGCUGCUAGAGACAGGCUGCUGCGAGUGGGCUGCGUGGAGACAGCCGGAAAAGAGAGACAGCCAACCUGCAGCAGCAGCAGCAGCAGCAUCCGUAAGAAGAAGAACAGCAGCAACAAAAACAGCAGCAGAAGCAGCAGCAGCAGCAGCAGGGUAUCAGCGUAUAUCCCCCGCUGUUGCUGCGCUGCUAGCGACGCAGCAACACAGAGCAAUUCUGCUGGCAGCAAACACAGCAACAGCUGAACACAACGGAGACUGGUUCGAGUACUGCGAAGCAACUGUGCUGCUGCUCCCCUGCAGCAGCAUCAGCAGCAACAACAGCAGCAGCAGCAGUAGCAGCAGCAGUAACAGCAGCGACAGCAGCAGCGGCUCCCGCAGAAACGGGAGCAGCAGCAACAGGGACUGCGGGGACAAAAGUGCAACCAGCAGCAGCAGCAGCAGCAGCAGCAAGUGCAGACACUGCAGCAAGUUGCAAGCAGGGACUUCAUUUAUGUCUGAGCUGCAGCAGAGGAUUCAGGUGUCUCUCCGGCGGCACUGUCAGCGUAUAGACAGCCAGCUGCUGCAACAGCAGCAGCAGCAGCAGCAGGGGCUACUGCUGCUGCCCCCAACGGAAGCGCAAAGCCUGCACGGUGGGGCUUCAGAUGCUGCUGCUGCUGCAGCCUUUCUAGAUGCAUGCGAGAACCAGCGGCAGCGCAACACCCAGCAGCAGCAGCAGCAGCAGGAGGAGGAAAGGCUUGCAAGCGUGUUGACAGACUGCAGGCGUUGUGUAAUGUACGAGUUGGUGGCUUCGCGGCCUCGAGGCGGCGGCCGCGUUGCUGCUGCGGGAGAUGCAGCAGCAGCAGCAGCAGCAGCAGCAGCAGGGCCUGCUUGCGGGUCUGUAGGUGGAGGCCUUUUGUGUGUAUAUACGCAUGGAUGGGGCUUGCUAGAGCUGCUGACGCAUGCAUGCUCCUGGGAGUUUCUUUUUCUUUAUUUAUCUGCUGGAGAGACAGCAGCAGCAACAUUUGCUUCUCUGCUGCAGCAGCUGCCUCUCCGCAGCACUUGGGAAGGCUUCCUUAGGGCCUUCCCCUGCUGCACCCGCUGGGGGACUGUCCCUUCUCUGCAGCACGAGCUCGGCCUGUGCACAGAUGCAGCAGCUGCUGCUGCUGCUCCUGCUGCUCCAGCAGCAGCAACAACAAGUGCACCUGCUGCUCCUGCUGCUGCUCCUGCUGCUGCUGCUCGGUCUCCUCCUCUGUGGGCGUGGCGGCCUAAGCUGCAGCGGCUGCGCAGCAGAGACUGCUGCUGCUUCAGAGACAGUUUCUUUGCUGCGCUGCUGAGAGAUAGCACCCGUCUCCACCGUCUCCGUCGAGGAGACCUAGAGGAGAAUGGGGGAUGCCAGCAGCAGCAGCAGCAGCAGCAACAACAGCAACAACAGCAGCAGCUGCUGCUGCAACAGCAGCAGCGGCAUUGGGGGAGCUUUGGGGGCUUCAAACAAAUUGCCGGCAGCGGCAAUCGAUCAGCGCGAGCUGCAGCAGCAGCAGCACGUUGCAGCAGAACCAGCAGCAGUAGCAGAAGCAGCAGCAGCAGCAGCAGCAGCGAAGACACCGGAAAUCUGUCUGAGGACUUAGAUGAGUGCAUGCAGCUGCUGCCACCCCCAUCUCCAUAUAAAGAAAGAGACAGAUUAUUGCUGCAGCUGCAGGUUAAUCUCGCUAAUAGCCAGGCUGUACGUUCACUGCUGCAGCAGAACCUCCCCCGCAGGGGUAGGGAGGCAGCUGUAGCUGCUGCGGCUGCAACAGCAGCAGCAGCAGCAGCAGCUGCUGCUGCUGCUGCCAGAGCAGAUUCGCGGGCUUCUUAUUACGGUAGGCGCACCUCCCUCACCAUCAGACAGUCUCUCGUCCCUUCUGCUGAAGAAGAUGCCGAGCAGCAGCAGCAGCAGCAACAGCAGCAGCAGCAGGUGCUGCAGGGCGACUCCAGCAGCACAGGGGCCUAUGGGCAGCAGCAAGAGACGGUGCUGUCUCUGUGGAGAACCCCCUCAGAAGCUCUGCUGCGGGAGCAGAGACAGCAUCAGCAGCAGCUGCGCCUCAGCAGCAGCAGCAGCAGCAACGGUCUCAUAGGCGGCAGCAGCAACGGCAGCAGCAGAAGCAGCAGGAGGCUCCGCGCUGCCCGCAGGCCCUCAAACCUCUACCCGCCUCUCUUCAGACGCAGCAGCAGCAUCCUAGACCGUCAAGGCAGCAGCAGCAGCAGCAGCAGCAGCAGCUUGGCGAUCCUGGCAACGCCCAGUCUCCUCCUAGCCCCUCAACAGCAGCAACUGCAGCAGCAGCAGCAGCUUCAGCAGCAGCAACAGCAGCAGAGACCGCAUCCCACUGCCGCCGAUUAUGGGCCUCCAACUCUGCAGCAUGCAGCUUUGCUACCUCGGGGUUCUGCUGCUGCAGGCAUAUUCUCCGCUUCAUUUCAGCAGCAGCAGCAGCAACAGCAGCAGCAGCAGGAAGAACAGGUGGGUGCUUCGGGGGAGAGAGCUGUUACUGCAGUCUAUGCUUCGGGCGCGCAUGCGUCUCAGCCUCUUCAAGCCCCCACGCAAGCAGCAGCAGCAUUGCAGCAGCAGCAGCAGCAGCAACUCCUGCUGCAGCACGAAGAAGAUGCGGCCUCUGCUGCUGCACCGACACGAGUCUCAAGCCCAAGAGAAGACCCGCCUGAACAGGAAGCAGCAGCAGCAGCAGCAGCAGCAGCAGGAUCACCACAAACACCAGCAACCACAGCAACAGCGUCAGCAGCAACAACAGUAUCACCAGCAGCAGCAGGAGUAUCACCCGCAGCAGCAGCAGCAGCAGCAGCAGUAUCACCAGCAGCAGCAGCAACAGCAGGAGCAGCAGUGGGUGUUGAUGCUUCUAGUGAGUCUGGUGAAGAAGAAGGGACACGAACCCCCAGAGUAGAGGAGAGCGGGCUGUCUCCUUUGUUAGGCCGUCUGAGUAUUCAAAACUUUAGCUGCUGCAGCAGCAGCAAUGGUAGCAGCCCCACAAGGUCUCCUAGCCCCGAGCAGCAGCACAGACGCAUGCGACAACUCCUCAACUAUGAACGCCAGCAGCAGCGAGUCUUGGAGGAAGAAUGCCGACAAAGAACAAGCCCUAUUGCUGCUCUGCAGCAGCAGCAGCAGCAGCAGCAGCAGCGUGCGAGGCAGCAACCUGGAGCUUCGGCAGCAGCAACAGCACCCAAAGCAGCAGCUCCUUCCUUCCCCAGCGUGCAGUCGCUGCACCAACGCAACAUUCCGCGGCUUGCAAGACCUGUAGAUACACCGCAGCAGCAGCAGCAGCAGCAGCAGGUUACCCAGUCCCCGUUUGCCUUUCUGUCCUCCUGCGCAGCUAUGGCUAGGAGAAAGAGACCCUCUUCCGCCUUCACUCAAGUGUCUCCAAUCGAAGGUGCUGCUGCUGCACCUGCUGCUGCUGCACACCGCAAUACCUGCAGCAGCAGCAGCAGCAGCAGUUCUGCCUCUUCAGCUGGGUCCCCCAUUUGGACUCCGGCUGCAAAUAUUGUACAUGCCACAAACGACAGCAGCAGCAGCAGCAGCAGCAGCAGCAGCAGCAGCAGAAUUAUUCAGCCGCGGCCUUCUGAACUGACGCCAAUUUUAUGCAGGAUGAGUCUAGCAGAACCCUCAGACACAGACAGCGGCGAGGAUGACCUCCAGCAGCAGCAGCAGCAACAGCAGCAGCAGCAGCAGCAGCAGCAGCAAAGGGCGAACUUGCAGGCUGCAUCUGCAGCACGAUCUGCUGCCAGCACAUCGCAGCCCCAAAGGAGGCCCCAGCAACAGCACCUCCGAGGCCGCAUCCCGGUCUUUCCCCGUCUUAACAAGGCAGCAGGAGCUGCUUCUGCUGCUGGUCCUGCUGCUAGCAGCAGCAGCAGCAGCAGGAACAACUGCAGCAACAGCUCUCUUGACGCUGGCCCUGUACGCGGGGCCAGGAGAAGCCGCGCUGCUGCUGCUGCUGCUGCUGCUGCUGCUGGCCGCGAUGCUCCAUAUCGUCGUCCCUGGGCAGACAGACAGAGGCCUUUCCCGCUUGCUGCUGUUGCUGCUGCUGCUCCUGCUGCUGCUGCUUCUGCUGCUCAGACGCCCCAAUCGGGGGCUGCUCCGGCAGCGGAUGAGGCGGCGAGGGCAGCAAGACCGAGAACAGCUGCAGCAGCAAGCAGUGCAGCAGCAGCAGCAUCAGCAUCGAUUCACAAAGAGACAUGGGUGCAGCAGAGAGCUGCAGCUCACCCCAAAGAGAGUAGCAGCAGCAGCAGCAGCAGCAGCAUGCGAGCUGCAGGACGAAGCAGCAGCACGAGGAGUGCUGUUGCUGCCAGCGGCGCUCCCCCUCAUAGGCAGCGGCAGCAACUGCUGCUGCAGCAACUGCAACACCCUCAAAGGGUGGGCUCCAGCAGCAAGCUCCUGGGGAAAAGCAGCAGCAGCAACAGCAGCGGUAGCAGCAACAGCAGCAGCAGCAGCAGUCUGCAGAGCAGCAGCCAGGGAUCUGCUGCAGGCAGCCGCAGCACACUGGGGCCAAUCCCCGUGGGGUCUCUUCUUGAGCGGAAGCGCAAGCAGACCAGCAGCAGCAGCAGCAGCAGCAGCAGCAAAAACAGCAGCAGCAGAACCGCUGCUGGGCCUGUUUCUAAGGCACGGAUCUGUCGUCCCCCGUCCUCCGCCCCUCCCACGCAGAACAGCAGCAGCAGCAGCAGCAGCUCCGAUAUUCCGCGAGCCAACAGCAACAGCAAGCUCAGCGGCGGCAGCAGCAGCAGCAGCUCCGAUAUCCCGCGAGCCAACAGCAGCAGCAAGCUCAGCAGCAGCAGCAACAGCAGCAGCAGCAGUUCCGAUAUCCCGCGAGCCAACAGCAGCAGCAAGCUCAGCAGCAGCAGCAGCAGCAUGAGUAGAAUACCGGCAGCCCAGCAGCAAGCGCAGCAAACCCCACAACCUAAAGAUAACGUGGGGGCCCCCCGAAUACAGGCGAAGAUAAGAAGGGCCCCCCCACCUCUCCAGCCUAAGAAGCUCCCCACAAGCAGCAGCAGCAGCAGCAGCAGCAGCAGCACCAGCAGAAACCGGAGUACAGGUGCAGCAGCGAGGAUCCAAAACAGACCUUCUGCUGCAGCAAAGACGCAGCGAGGCUCUGCUUCGCGUCGAGUGCAAUCGCUGCCCAGCAGCAGCAGCAGCAGCAGCAUCACCAGCAGCAGCAGCAGCAGCAGCACGGCAGCAAAGCCACCUCUAAUAGGGAAGAAGCUGGACCGAACAGGCAAGCCUAGCAGAUUAGCAGCAGCAGCAGCAGCAGCAGCAGCAGGGCAGAAUGCCAGCAGCAACAUAGGGGGCCCCCUUCCUCCCGUUCGCAGCACAGGAGCGGGGAGGGCCCCUUGA